ACGGGCUGCUGUCACUUAAAAAGCUCCGCGGCGCCUAACGGGCUGGGACACGGGCUGGGACACGGGCUGGGACACGGGCGGGACGGCAGCGGAGCGCUGCCAGGUGCCCCAGCCGAGCGGCCCCGCACCUGUCCCGCACCUGUCCCGUAUGCGCGGCUCCCGGAGCGCCGCCGCGGCUGCGGAGCCCUGAGCGGAGCCCAGCCUCCCCCCGCCGCCCCGGGGCUGUCGCCGGGCCAUGGCCGCGGAGGGGACGGAGCUGCCCGGCGGCAACGCCAGCGCCAACCAGAGCGCCGCCGACCCCGCGGUGUCGCGGGACGUGUGGAUGGUGGGCAUGGGCAUCCUGAUGUCGCUGAUCGUGCUGGCCAUCGUCUUCGGCAACGUGCUGGUGAUCACGGCCAUCGCCCGCUUCCAGCGCCUGCAGACCGUCACCAACUACUUCAUCACCUCGCUGGCCUGCGCCGACCUGGUCAUGGGGCUGGCCGUGGUGCCCUUCGGCGCCUGCCACAUCAUCAUGGAGAUGUGGAAGUUCGGGAACUUUUGGUGCGAGUUCUGGACCUCUCUGGACGUGCUGUGCGUCACGGCCAGCAUCGAGACCCUGUGCGUCAUCGCCGUGGACCGGUACUUCGCCAUCACCUCCCCGUUCAAGUACCAGAGCCUGCUGACCAAGGGCAAGGCGCGCGUGGUCAUCCUGGUGGUGUGGGUGGUGUCGGGCCUGACCUCCUUCCUGCCCAUCCAGAUGCACUGGUACCGGGCGGACCACGAGGACGCCAUCCGCUGCUACCAGGACGAGAUGUGCUGCGACUUCUUCACCAACCAAGCCUACGCCAUCGCCUCCUCCAUCAUCUCCUUCUACCUGCCCCUCGUCGUCAUGGUCUUCGUGUACGCCAGGGUCUUCCAGGUGGCCAAGAAGCAGCUGCAGAAGAUAGACAGGAGCGAGGGGAGGUUUCACACCCAGAACAAGGAGCAGGAGCAGAAAGGGGGAGCCGGGCACCGCCGCUCCUCCAAGUUCUUCUUGAAGGAGCACAAGGCCCUCAAAACGCUGGGCAUCAUCAUGGGCACCUUCACGCUGUGCUGGCUGCCCUUCUUCAUCGUCAACAUCGUGCACGUCAUCCAGGACAACAUCAUUCCCAAGUACCUGUACAUCCUCUUGAACUGGCUGGGCUACGUCAACUCUGCCUUCAACCCCCUGAUCUACUGCCGGAGCCCCGACUUCAGGUACGCCUUCCAGGAGCUGCUGUGCCUGCGCAGGUCCGCCCUCAAGAUGUACGCCAACGGCUACUCCAACAGCAACGGCAGGAGCGACUACAACGAGGAGGACAACGGCUACCCCCUGGCCGCGGAUAAAACCUGCGACCUGCUCUGCGAGGAGGGCUCCUUCCCUCGCCCCGAGGACUUUUUGCACGGCAAAGAGAUCCCUGGAUGCCCAGGAAUGGUGGAGAGCUGAAUGACCCCAUUGCUGUUCCUCACACCCUGAGCUCGUGAGGGCUCUGCAGAGAUGGAGGGGGAGCCCGGCCUCGCUUCCCUGAGCCGGGGGGUGCUGUGGGAAGUGACUGCCUUGGCAAAGUCCUCAUCCCAACCCACCACCCACCACGCAGCACCUCCAGGAGAAGCUGGGCAAGGACAACCAAGGGACCAGGAGAGGCUCUGCGAGCCUUGGAGGACACCAAGAAGCCACGGGAGCUGAAGGAGGGGAUGCCCAAGCCACGGCAGAUGUGCCGAGGGUUUUUUCCCCCUGGGAAAAGCCUUUCCAAAAGGGAGCACCGGGCCCGCGUGUGGGCUCCAGCUGGUCUGGAAGAGGCACAGCCAGGUCUCCCAGCCAGGGCAGGAGCCCAGCAGGGCGUGUCCACGUGCUGGGUGGGGAUCCAGGUGAAACAGGAAUCUGCCCAAGACCAAGAGAGAGGAGCGUGGAAGAUUCCUUUGAUUUACUCUGUGCUUGUUUCUCCUCCUGGUGUCUUCUCUGUCUACCUCUUCUCCUCCAGAGAGCACGAGGGGUCCUGACUGUCACUAAGGAGCAGAAGGAUUGGCACAGGGCAGGAAUUUGUUCUCUCCUUGCUCCAAAAGAUCUCCAGCUGUCCUGCCUGGACUGCAGCCCUUGGAAAGGCUGGGACCUGGCAAUCCUUUUCCUCGCAGGAAGUGACAUUUCAGCAGGACCAGCCACCCUUGGGAGCCAAGCUUUCCCACCUGAGGCUCAGAGCAUGGCAGGACAUCCAUCCCUCUCCUGCAGCUGUGGGAAGGAGCACACCGAGCUCCUGACUUUGGACUGUGGAAAAUUCAUAAAGCAGAGAAAGAGAUGGAGGGACUUAGGGCCUCAGGCAGAAAACAGCAGGAAAAACUGGCUGAAAAACCAUAAACAAACUGCACCUUGGACUGGCAGGUGGUGGCCCAGCUGCAGCUCUGUGGCCACUGGGCUGCUCCCAGAGCUGGGCAGGACGUGCUGGUACUGAACUGUGGGAGCCCCAUCUCAGACCUUCCCUCUCGGGCUUCCAGCUGCAAAACCUUUCCCUCCAGUGCAAUCCUAUUUAUUUAUUUAUUAUCUCGCUGCUUGACGUGAAGCUGCUAAAGGAGCCCCCUCCCCACAAACACCCACCCAGGCCUGUGUGAGGGCACUGAGCAGAGGGGCAGCACCCAGGGACGCCUCCCACCACACCAGGAGCCACCUCCUGGUGAAGGGCCCUGCUGUGCUGAGGGGCUGGACUUGGUGGUCUUUGAGGUUCUUUCCAAGCAAACCCAUUCUGUGGUUCUGUGGGAUCUGAAAAAGAUGUCCCAUCCCCAGAGGUGUCCAAGGAUGGGUGGAUGGAGCUCUGAGCAUCCUGGGAAAGUGUAAAGUGUCCCUGCCCAUGGCAAGGGGUGGAACUGGGUGAGCUUUAAGGUCCUUCCAUUCUAGGAGUCAAUGGACAGGGAGUGGGCACACGAGGGAAGAGGAAAAACUGAGACCAGGACUGUCCCCGGGGUGAGGAUGCAGGGUUGGUAAUUGUGGGUCUGUCAAGGACUGAGAGCAGGCUGGGCAGAGCUGUGCUGGGAGGACAGAGGCUGCAGGAGCUCAGCAGUGCCCCUCCAUCCCGACUUUCUUUGUGCAGAGCCACGAGAGUUCUCACCUGGGGGGCUCUCAGGUGCCCUGCUGCUCUCCCACAGCUUUCAGGAUACCCUGGAAUCCCUUGGCACAGCUCCCAGCUGCCCUAGCAGAGCCUGAUUUCUCCUUUCCCUCUGAAGAACCCCACCAGGGCUUAGUCCAAACCUGCUGAAGGGAGAUAUUUCCCAACAAAAACCUGUUCCUCAGAAGAUUCCUGGCUGGCUCCAGUCCCUCAUUCUGUACUGGAAACAGUUUGCAGGUUAGGGACAUGCCUGGGGUUGUGGCAGUUCUCUUUCUCCCCAGGCCCUGAUGUGCAAGAGCAGGAGAGGAAGGGAUGAACUUCAGUCAUUUGCCAGCCCAAAGGCAGGGACCUGCCUUGCAGCGCUGUCCAAAUCCAUCUGCCUGCCCCUUCAGGCUUGUUCCAGGGAUUCCAUCCUCUGCUGGAUCUAUUCCUGAGCACCCUGACCCCGGGGUCGCAGUGCUGUCCCCUGGGAGGUGGCUCCGUGCUCCACUGCAGGAGCUGCUGGGAGUUUCCCACCUGUGUUUGCUCCUGGAAGCUUCAUUCCAUUUUAACUCAUGCUGCUCCUCAAGCCCCUGCUGUCCAUGUUCUCCUGCCACCUCACCAGGGCUCCUCUUCCCAUUCCAAGACCCUCCCUGGCUCCUGGUCUUUAAUGAGGAAUCCAAUCCCACCCCUGGCAGUGCCCAGCUGUGAGCCUGGAAUCACUGAGGAAUCCAAUCCCACCCCUGGCAGUGCCCAGCUGUGAGCCUGGAAUCACUGAGGAAUCCAAACCCACCCCUGGCAGUGCCCAGCUGUGAGCCUGGAAUCACUGAGGAAUCCAAACCCACCCCUGGCAGUGCCCAGCUGUGAGCCUGGAAUCACUGAGGAAUCCAAUCCCACCCCUGGCAGUGCCCAGCUGUGAGCCUGGAAUCACUGACGAAUCCAAACCCACCCCUGGCAGUGCCCAGCUGUGAGCCUGGAAUCACUGAGGAAUCCAAUCCCAGCCCUGGCAGUGCCCAGCUGUGAGCCUGGAAUCACUGAGGAAUCCAAUCCCAGCCCUGGCAGUGCCCAGCUGCUGCUCCCUCCCUCCUCUGGGGUGCAGGGAAGGGGCAAACGGAGCCAAAAUGGAUCAGUGUUGGCACUGAGCGCUCCUGUCCCAAAAUAUCAGGAAGAAAUCCUUCCCUGUGAUGGUGGGGAGGCCCUGGAAUGGAUUUCCCAGAAAAGCUGAGGCUGCUUUGUCCCUGGAAGUGUCCCAGGCCAGGUUGGACAGGGUUUGGAGCCACCUGGGAGAGUGGAAUGUGUCCCUGCCCACGGCAGGGGUGGGAAUUAAAUGAUCUUUAGUGAAUUAAAUAAUCUUUAAUGAGUUAAAUGAUCUUUAAUGUCCCUCCCAAGCGCAGCCAUUCCAGGACUCUGGGAUCCCGUGGGGAGCAGUCCCUGGCAGGGACAAGUGCUCAGCUCAGCAGAGCCCAGCCUGAGCCCUGGCCGUGGGGAUGCUCCAGGAUUCCCGUGGAGGUGUGUGGGAACGUGUGGGGAAUGGGAACUGAGCCCUGCCCUGCCUGGGAAUCCCAUCCACGGGCUGGAGCUGCCGGGGGCUGGGGGCACGCGGGGAGCUGGCCUGGGGAGCUCUGGGUGCAGCUGGAGCACCACGGGGAGGGUCCCAGCUCUGCUCCUGCCACCGAACAAACUGUCCCCACAAAUAAAGAAUGGAAAGCGCUGCUCUUCCCACUCUGCUUUUUCCCAGCUGGGAGGGGCUGCCCCUGGCUGCUGGGGGCACAGAAAUGCCAGGGCGGUUUGGGAGGGGCUGGAUGCACUCGGGAAAAGCAGGGGGACAGAGCCCUGCAGGGAUUCCUGGUGCUGCUGGGGGCUGGGUGCCAAUAACUCCAGCUGGGAAUGGGCUUGGGACCAGGCUGGAGUGGAGCUGAGCAGCAGCAGGGCAGCGGUGUGGGGCUGCAGGAGGAGGAGGAGGCACCAAACAAACCGGGGAGGAGGAGGAGGAGAAAAGAGGGUGAAGGGAGAUGAAGAAGGUGCUGAGCAUCCCGAGGGUUUCACAGGAUGGCAGCAGAGGAAUCUGUGGCACUGUGCUGUCCCCUGGGCUGGUUCUUCACCCAAAUCUCCUGAAUUCCCCUCCCCAUCCCUGCUGUUCUCCCGGCUGACCCAGGGCAGGGUGGCACUGACAGCAUGGCAGCUUCUCAGGAGCACUGGCAGGGGAAAAAAUCGGUCCCCAAACAAGGAAAGAAUCAAAAUGACACAUUUCCAACUGAAUUAAUGACGAGACAAUUAAUCAUCCCAAUUAAAACCUGUGGAGAACCCGGAGAGCCCUAAUCCAUAAAGAUGCUCCAGGCAGCAGCACCCCGGGGCUUCACACUGCUCUGGCAGUGCAGGAACUGCAGGCAGCACUGCCAGGAGAAUUUGGGGAUUUUAUCACAGGCCAGCCUGAAAAGGAGAAUUUGGGGAUUUUAUCACAGGCCAGCCUGAAAAACUGCACAGAUCCCCAUGGAGUCACCCCCUGCUUUUCAGUGCCACUGAGCACUAAACUGCUCAUCCCUGCUGUCUGUCUGGGACAUUCCCAAAGUCACCUUGUGUGCCACCCACCCACCUCAGAGCCAGGCCCAACCUCUGCAGGCAUGGAUGGAUUUUCCUCCU